AUGCACGAUCUUCCCGACGAUAUCCUAAUCCUUAUCUUUUCCAGCUGCAAUAUUGAGACGCUCUUUGCCUUGCGACUGACUUGUACCUCAUUUUGCGCGGCUAUCCAAGCAUACAUCAAGACCAUCGCGCCGCUUUCUGCACACACUUCGUUUCCCGACUGCGACUUACUUCUCACGCCGCCUAAGGAUGGAUACACUUUACACUGGUUGCGCAAUCUCAUCCCAGCUCAGCUAGCCAGUAUCACGCUUGACAAAGACAAACUUCGUCGUCACCCGUAUGUCAACUCGGGCUUUCCGUACGGCAUACCCAGCGAAAGUGUCUGCACAGAAGCGGCGUAUUGGCGACAGCGGCUCACAAACGGAUGGCGCAUCCUGAGGUCCUUCCAUUUGAUCUCGACCAGGGUCUACUCUAGCAGCGAUAGCGAGCCCAUAAGACCCAGUGCGUUCAGAAAGGUCAGCGGUGGUGUACGAACCAGUCGCAUCUGGCAAGUCGUCUCGUGUCCAUACGCAAGCUGUACAGAACACGGAAUGAGACAUCUCUUUGAAUCUAGACAGCGCCGCGACUCACAUUGCAGUCCCGCUGGAGAGAAGGAAGUUUGGAAAGAUCCUAUCGCAGAAAUCCGUCGUAAAGAGUCUAUCAUUCUAAGACAAAGGCUGGCAUACCUAAAGCUCUUAUCAGAUCAAGACCUCCUCGACUAUGUCUAUCUCUGGCGGCUGCUACUGCAUGCUUUUCGACCUUACGGCAAGCCAGAGACAAUCAGAUGGGAUUCUACGGACGGCUGGUCACCCGCUUCUAUUUCCCAUCCAAACUGGCCAAGCAUGAUCGGUGAUAUAGCGCAAGGCUGCUCAUGGCUGAAUUGGUUCAUUCUGCAUAUUGGCACCGCGCCAUUCCUUAGACAAUGGUGCUUAUCCCCGUCUCAAGCAGAUGACGCCACCAACAACUCCGUUCGCGAUUCCAUCUGGGAGGCUUGGAACACCCGAAGCACACAUCAAGUCGAGAUUGAGCGCGAAUACAUUGCGAAGUUUGAGUUCUCAUUGCGCAAGCGCUGUCUCUCAUCCGAACGCCUCAAGCGUCUCGAAGCCGAGAUCUCCCGGGGAGGAGUAUCAACACAAUCAGUUUGGACUGCAUCCCUUGUCAUUACGAUCAGCACUACCGGAUCCCGCGACCCCCUACAGAUUUUCCAUGGUACACGCCAGGCCAGUACGUUUGGUUGGAUGGCGAGUGGGGAGUCCAUUGUACGCCCGGGACGAAUUGGAAUCAGCCGGGGAUGUUGA